AUGGUUAGAGUAUGGGGUACCGAAAUAGUUGGAAUUUCAUUCUCUACAUUGACUCAUUGUAACUCAUUUUGCUUAAGUACCAAAGUUUCUAAACAGAGGCAAGCAAGGGAAGGAUCAAUGUUUUGUUGCAGCUCAUUACCUUUUCUAGUUGUUAACUUUUACCUUGAAAUGUUGCAAUUAGUUUGCAAGUUUAAUGCAAAACUUGUUUCACAAGAAAGGAUGAGAUCUGCAUGUGCUAGAAACAGGUUACCACUUAACCCUACAUCUUGGGAUAUAACAAGGUUUCUAAAACUGCAAAAACAUUGCAUUGGCCUGAUUAGCCAUCAAGUUGAAACUGAUAUUUCAAGCAUCAGAGAAGAAACAGACCAACAAUCUUCAUUGUCCGUCGCACAAGCUACUGCCCCCGUCCUCCCUCUUACUAACACACUUGACAUACGAGAAGAAACUCCAUCCAUUGAUAGUUCUGAUGAUCAAGAAACAAUUUUUGACACAUUGUGUGUUUCUAAUGCAUCAAAAUUAUUGUCUUUGCCGCACAACUUACAGAGCCUAGAAAUUGAGGGAUGUGCAUCAUUGGGUGUCCUUCCAGAUGAUUUGCUAGAUGGAGCACCCGAUCUUAAAGAAUUGCAAUUGAUCGAUUGUUCCUCUCUCAUAUCCAUCCCUUACCUUAUGUCCCUAACUAUACUUUUAAUAUGUGGCUGUAGAAAUUUGGAAUUCUCUAAACGAUUAGAAUCAAGAGAGAAGUUUUCCUUUAUUCAUUGUUUGCUCAUUGGGAGAAGUUGUGAUUCCCUUACUACCUUGACCUUAGACUUAUUCCCUAGACUCAAAAUGCUUUCUAUAUGGAUUUGCCUCAAUCUUGUAUCAUUGAAUGUUACAGGGGAAGAAUACAUUGGUGGUGAUCUUCCACUUGAAUCUUUGGACAUUUUCGAUUGUCCAGGAUUGAAGUCUUUUCCUGAUGAAAGAUUCCAUACACCAAAGCUACAUACCAUGAGCCUUUCCAGUUACAAGAGUCUAUGUGAACUCCCAAAAUUCAUGAAUUCACCUGCAUCUCUCCGGACAUUAAGUUUAGCCAGAUGUCCAAAUAUUGAAAUUUUUCCAGAUGGGGGUUUGCCUUCAAGCUUAUUUGCACUCUCUAUUACAGAUUGUGACAAGCUGACACCGCAACAAGAUUGGGGAUUGGAAAAUACCAAGUCUCUGGAUCGUUUUAAUAUCAAAGGUUGUAUAGGCUUGGAGUCAUUUCCAGAGGAGAAGCUGCAUCUUAGAAACAUAUUCUUUCUGCAUAUAAGCAAUUUGAAGGGUCUCAAAAAACUGGACGACAAGGGCUUUCAACAUCUGAAUGCUCUGCGGGAACUUGCAGUUAGUGGUUGCGACGAGCUGUGUCACUUACCUGAACAAGGGCUUCCUUCCUCCCUAGUCCGACUCUAUGUCAAGGAUUGCCCAAAGCUGACUCCAUCACUUAAACCCACAGUAAGAAAGUGCUGGAACAAGGUGGCUCAUAUCCAAUAUAUUGAAAUUGAUGACCAAAUAUAUGGGGAACCCCAAUCUUUUUGCUAUGUAAGCUUGUCACAAUCUGUAAUAGAGACUUUUUGA